AUGUGGAUGGAACACGGUGCUGUUGUGGAUAUGGAGCACGACGUGGCCGAGCGCCGCGAUGAACCGACGACUCCAGCCGAACGGAUUGAGAUUGUGGACUAUAUCAUUGAACAACGGGCGCGAUUGACCAAGCAAGAUGUUUGGAUCCACGAUCUGUUUCCGAUGCACAAUGAAAGCGUGACGAACACGUUAAUUCAUCGUUGGGUCGCGUCCUGGCGACUCCACGAAUUGGAUGAUAAGAAAGUGUUGUUGUCGCUACGCUACAAUUUCGGUGAAAAGGUGGCAUACUAUUUCGCGUUUAUCAAGUACUACAACACAUGGCUCAUACCACUCGCAGCAAUCGGUAUUUUGUUGGAGCUUCUGCGUGGUGUCAUUGCCAUGACGAUGUACAUGCGAAUCCUUCCAUUUUGGGGUCUGGGGGUGUCGGUUGUAUGGGGUUUCGGAUUCCUCAAGUCGUGGGAGCGCGAAAACGCGUGCAUCCAAUACGAGUGGACAGGCAAACUGCAUGUCAAGCAAAUCGAGUAUCGUAACAAACGAUUCUUUGGAGAGUCUCGAGUAAAUGCGUUGACAGGUGAAGUAGAAUUGGUGUAUCCGGCGUGGCGACGGAUGCCCAAAUAUUUCUGUGUGUUUCUAUUCAUGCUGUGCCAGAUGCUGAUCAUGAUGAUCCUCGUCGCGAGCUGGGUUACGAUAUAUGAGAUUUUGAAAGCGAGCUACAAAGAUAGCUACAUUUUCUCGACGCAAUGGUUUCUCAUUUUGCUAGAAGGGUGUGUCUUUGGCUUCUUCGUCGACGUCGUUCAGUGGAACAUGGUGGUAACGAAAAUGGGUGCUCUGUUCACUCAUUGGGAGAACUAUCGAACGGAGGAGCAGUACGAAAAGGCGCUGAUUCGCAAGCUCUUUUUGCUCGACUUUCUUAACUACUUUACUUGGUUUUUCUCGCUAGCAUUCGUGUUUGUGAUACCGGGGCUGGGCAAUUAUUUGACAAACACUUUGAACCACACGUUUUUCGGUGACGCCAUCAAUUGCUGCUUCGGACCGUAUGUCGAUCAAGCUGGCUCAUGUACUACGUGUCCUGUGGGUGAUAAGGACGACACCUGUGUCGAGUGCGUUGGGUUCUUUACCUUUGAUCGUCGUCACGUGGACUUGAGCGCUAUGUUUGUCACUCCCAUCGUGAUCACACAGCUGUUAAACAUACUACUGAGGCUAAUAGCACCCAUCCUCGUGCGAAGACGUCGUGAAACCGCCCAGGCACAUGCCGAUACACUAGCACAGAAGCGCGUUCUUGAAUCAGGCUCACUCAAGAUCUUGGGGUCCCUGGACUAUGCAGACCAGAAGGCGUCUCAAUUCGACAACAAGUCCAGUUCGCGGUAUCUGGAGUACACCCCUACGGAAAUUGAGGUUCUCAAUAAGAAGGCUCGUGAGAUUUUGUUCGACAGCGAGCAAGAUACUUACGACCCAUACGACGACUUUCAUGUGCUAACGGUGCAGUUUGGUUUCACCGUCAUGUUCUCAAUGCUGUGGCCGUUGAUGCCGUUCGCUUGCUUUCUGAUCAAUAGCAUUAAGGGCCGCACGGACGGCUACCGGCUUUGCAAAACACUGAAACGCCCGAUUCCACGACGAGCCAAUGGCAUUGGGGCUUGGAAUGGUAUACUUACCACUUACGCGUACAUCGCAGUCAUCGUCAACGUUUUGUUGAUUUGCAUCUCGACAGGGGUACUGGAGUUUUUCGAUGAAACAUGCGUCGCCGAUAUUCGACACCAGCUCGAAAAGCAGGGGAAAACUAUUGACGACUUUACCUUUGGUCCGGACUUUGGCUGUAUACAUAUCUCAUGGCGCCUUCUGUUCAUUCUACUGUUGGAGCAUUUUUUUGUGGCAGUAGCUUACGCGAGCACGCGGCGCGUUCCUGGCGUCCCCAGCUGGAUCAGGGAUGUCAUGAAUGAUAGAGAAAACAAGUUUAAAAAGCUCCUGCGCGAGCACGAGCUGGAAUUGUUUCCUCCGAAUUAG